AUGGCCGUCAAACAAGUUCUUCUCGCCGCUGCCCUGGCCAGCGUGGCUCUGGCUGCCCCCGUCGAGGAGCGACAGAACUGCGGCAGCGUGUACUCCCAGUGUGGCGGAAUCGGCUGGUCGGGAGUGACUUGCUGCGCGUCUGGGUCGGCCUGCAACAAGGUCAACGAUUAUUACUCCCAGUGCCUGCCCGGCUCGGCUGCGGGCAGCUCCACCGCCGCCACGACAUCCAAGGCCACCACCACCGCGGCCCCGUCGUCGACGACCUCCAAGGUUACGACCAGCGCGACCACCUCCAAGGCGAGCACCACCAGCGCAGGCUCCGCGACCACCUCGUCCAAGCCGUCCACCACGAUUUCUGGAGGUGCCGGCACCACCGCCUCGUACAGCGGCAACCCCUUCGUCGGCGUCAACCAGUGGGCCAACUCGUACUAUGCCUCUGAGGUCUCGUCCUUGGCCAUCCCAAGUCUGUCGGCGGCCCAGGCCGCCAAGGCCGCCGCGGUUGCCAAGGUGCCCAGCUUCCAAUGGCUCGAUACCGCCGACAAGGUCGACACCCUGAUGGCAAGCACCCUUGCCGACAUCCGCACCGCCAACAAGGGCGCCACCACGCCGUAUGCCGGCCUGUUUGUGGUGUAUGACCUCCCCGACCGUGACUGCGCGGCGGCCGCCUCCAACGGCGAGCUGAGCUACGCCAACGGCGGCGCCGCCAAGUACCAGGCGUACAUCGACUCGAUCCGCAAGCAGCUCAUCGCCUACUCGGAUAUCCGGGUCCUGCUUGUCAUCGAGCCCGACUCGCUCGCCAACCUGGUGACGAACCUCAACGUCGCCAAGUGCGCCAACGCCCACGACAACUACCUGCUGUCCACGCAGUACGCCCUCAAGCAGCUCAACCUGCCCAACGUCGCCGCCUAUAUGGAUGCUGGCCACGCCGGCUGGCUGGGAUGGCAGGCCAACUUGCAGCCUGCCGCCGACCUGUUCGCCAAGGUGUACAAGGAUGCCGGCUCCCCGGCUGCCGUGCGUGGGUUGGCGACGAACGUAGCCAACUACAACGCCUGGAGCGUCGCCACCGCCCCGUCUUACACCCAAGGUAACGCCAACUACGACGAGUCGCACUACGUCCAGGCCAUCUACCCUCUCCUCAAGGCCGAGGGCUUCGACGCGCAUUUCAUCACAGACCAGGGACGCUCCGGCAAGCAGCCCACGGGCCAGGCGGCAUGGGGAGACUGGUGCAACGCCUUGGGAACUGGUUUCGGGUUGCGCCCUUCCUCCAACACGGGCCUCGACAUCGAGGAUGCCUUCGUCUGGGUCAAGCCCGGCGGCGAGUCGGACGGCACCAGCAACCAGACCGCCACCCGGUACGACUUCCACUGCGGGCAGUCCGACUCCCUCCAGCCCGCCCCCGAGGCCGGCACCUGGUUCCAGGCGUACUUCGCGCAGCUCCUGACCAACGCCAACCCGGCUUUCUAA